AUGCUGCUGCGGGGGCGCAAUGGCACGGAGUACCCCGCGCGGCAGCAGCUGGCUCCCGGAGGCGCCCCGGGGGGAGCGGAGGGGGCGGCGCCGCUGGGGCCCGCGCAGGUGCUCACCGCCGGCCUCCUGACCCUGCUCAUCGUCUGGACCCUGCUGGGCAACGUGCUGGUGUGCGCGGCCAUCGUGCGCAGCCGCCACUUGCGCGCCAGGAUGACCCACAUGUUCAUCGUGUCUCUGGCCGUGUCCGACCUCUUCGUGGCUUUGCUGGUCAUGCCCUGGAAGGCUGUGGCGGAGGUGGCCGGCCACUGGCCCUUCGGAGCCUUCUGCGACGUGUGGGUGGCCUUCGACAUCAUGUGCUCUACCGCCUCCAUCCUGAACCUGUGCGUCAUCAGCGUGGACCGCUACUGGGCCAUUUCCAGGCCCUUCAGCUACCAGCAGAGGAUGACCCCGCGCGUGGCCCUGGUCAUGGUGGGCCUGGCCUGGACCCUGUCCAUCCUCAUCUCCUUCAUCCCGGUCCAGCUCCACUGGCACCGGGACGAGGCAGGCUCCCGGGGCGCGGUGGACCCGCCGCCAGCCGACCUGGCCAACGGGACGUCCUGGGGGACAGCGGGGGACCCAGAGGUGCGGGAGGAGAACUGUGACUCCAGCCUCAACCGCACUUACGCCAUCGCCUCCUCGCUCAUCAGCUUCUACAUCCCCGUGGCCAUCAUGAUCGUGACCUACGCGCGCAUCUACCGCAUCGCGCAGGCGCAGAUCAGCAGGAUUGCCUGCCUGGAGAGGGCGGGGCAGCGCGCGCAGAGGUGCGGGGGCCGUGAGCCCGAGCCCGGCCUGCGGGCGUCCAUCCAGAAGGAGACCAAGGUGCUGAAGACCCUGUCGAUGAUCAUGGGGGUCUUCGUGUGCUGCUGGCUGCCCUUCUUCCUCCUGAACUGCAUGGCGCCCUUCUGCAGCCGCCGCCCCGAGGGCGCCCGCGCCGGCUUCCCCUGCGUCAGCGACACCACCUUCGACGUCUUCGUCUGGUUCGGCUGGGCCAACUCCUCCCUCAACCCCGUCAUUUACGCCUUCAACGCGGACUUCCGGAAGGUGUUCGCCCAGCUGCUGGGGGGCGGCCGCCUCUGCUCCCGGCGCACCCGGGUGGCGACCGUGACCCUCAGCAAUGAGCUCAUCUCCUACGACCAGGACACCGUCUUCUCCAGGGAGACCGCAGCCACCUACAGCCACGUGGUCCCCAGCGAGGUGACCCCCCGCCACAGGGAGGGGGACAAGGAGGAGGGGGACAAGGAGGAGGAGGAGGAGGGUCCUUUGGAUCUCAUGUGCCAGAACUCUCAAGCGUCCCCAAGGGUGACCCUGCCGCCCAGUCUGUCUGGGAGCUGGGCUGUGAGGGGAAGACUUCAUUAG